AUGUCAGUGUCUGACAGUACAACCUGCACGUUUCGAAAGACUGAUUCCUGUGCCGAUAACGGUUUCCCUGCCACCCAGUUCCUCAUCCUAGGGAUAUGUCGAUUAGCAGAACCCAUCGCCGUUACCGCCAUAUUCCCUUAUGCCUGGCUCAUGGUCAGGAGCUUUGGCAUUCAUGAUGCCUCCUUCUACGCCGGCAUCCUCAUUGCCUCCUUCUCCUGCUCCGAAGCCCUCACUAGCAUGUUCUGGGGCACCCUCUCAGAUCGCAUGGGCCGAAAACCUAUCCUACUUCUCGGCUUGUUCGGCACAGUCUUGUCGUUGUUGAUCGUCGGGUUUCCCACCAGUUUUACCAUGGCACUUUCGGGAAGAACCCUCGGAGGUGCACUCAAUGGCAACAUCGGAGUUAUUCAAACCAUGGUGGGGGAGCUCGUGACAAAGCCGGAACACGAGCCCAAGGCCUUCGCUAUCAUGCCUUUCAUUUGGUCCAUUGGGUGCAUCAUCGGCCCUGCGAUCGGUGGGCUGCUGGCGAAUCCUGUCAAGUUCUACCCGGGUGUGUUCUCGAAAGAUGGACUCUUCGGUCAAUUUCCAUUUCUCCUGCCCAACCUCGUCUUCACCAACGAACGAACGCCUAUGAUCUUGACCGCUGGUGCCAAUGGCGAUCCAGGCACUGACCUCAGACGGGACUCUUUUGGUACUUUCAACGAAGUCGACAUCCAGAAAAUCUCUCAAUGGAGACUCAACGCCAACGGCACCUCGAGGCCUGCAUCGGUGGUCGAGCAAACGCCCGAGAAAUGGCUGACUAAGAGGGUGGCCAUGCUAACGCUUGCACUUAGCUUGUACACUUAUCAUUCCAUGUGCUACGACCAUCUGCUUCCAAUUUUCUUCCAAGAUCGGCGUGCUGAUGAUGUCGCACUUUUCGGUCUUGGUCCGCUUCAUAUCCCGGGUGGUUUGGGUUUGACCACCAAAGAUGUUGGCGUUAUUAUGUCCUUCAAUGGCUUGAUCGCCCUCUUCAUCCAGGCGGUCAUUUUCCCUGUCGCCGCCGAACGACUCGGUGUGUGGCGGGUUUUUGUUCUUGUCACGAUUAUGCAUCCGGUGGCAUUUUUCAUCGUGCCUUACCUUGCUCUUCUGCCUCGGAACCUGCUAUACCCGGGCAUCUAUUUUUGCCUAACGCUCCGCAACCUUCUCUCAAUCCUCGACUAUCCGGUCAUUCUCAUUCUUCUCAAGCAAGCGAGUCCUUCACUUUCAUGCCUUGGUCGUAUCAAUGGUCUGGCGGCUGCAGCUGGCGCAGCUUGCCGGACAGUGGCACCACCGAUUGCAGGGUUACUGUACGAAUGGGGUUCAAAAAUCGGUUUUACUGGUCUAGCAUAUUUCGGCGCCGGCGCCGUGGGCUUGGUUGGGGUGGUUCAACUGUGGUUUGUUCCACGGGAAAAGCAUGGAUCAAGUGUCAACCCGAUAAUUCCUUAUCUAGAACAUGAGGAACGCGUUGGAGACGUGGUCGAAGUCACGGUCGUCGAUGACGAGAGCAGCGAUGAGGCCGACACCCGUCCUGUAUGA